AUGAACAACACUGUACAGGAGCCAUUCCGUCUGAUGGACUUGCCGCCAGAACUUCGUAACAUGAUCUACCGGCUUGCGGUUGUUCGUAAAACAGGCAAGUGUUACACACUCGUGCCACCAGCUCUUGCCCAGGUAUCCAAAGAUAUUCGCACUGAAGUCCUGCCUAUCUUUUAUGGCGAGAACUCGUUCUACAUCCACAUGGACAUCGAUGUAAUUGAAUACGAAGAGGGCAUCUUCCCUAUCAGGACAGACGACGACAGCAAGUUGGAAGAGUUCCUCGACAUGUGCUCCUGCCUGGCCGCCACUGGUGGGCUUAAAUUCAUCAAGGUGUUGAGCAUGAACUACAGCGAACCAGUCUUUGAGGAUAUGAGCAACUUCCUCCUUGGAUUUAAAUUCAUCGGUGAGAGCAGCACUCGCCAGAAAUAUCGUGAUCGGAUUGGCGAUGACAAUCUGGACUGGAGUAAUCGUCUAGCAGUGGUCAAGGCAUUCGAAACCACCCUAAAAGAAUCUGCCGGUGAAUUUCUCGGGCAACUGAAGGCUCAUGUUCCAGUCUCCGAUGUUAUCCGAGCGCUUUUCGCGGUAGCUAAGCACUGCCAUUGCGCAAACAAGUACGUGGAGCUGUCGUGGGAUUACGGCCACUAG